GCUGCACCCCGCGGCGCCGAGGCCGAGGCGGAGGCCGGGGUGCGCGCUUGGCGAACGUGCCGGAUCCGCGCGGCUCCGCUGCACCGGCCCCUGCGGCCGCCCGGGCGUCUCGGCUGGUCUCUGCGCUGCCCCGGCGAGGAUGCGGCUGUUCCACUGGCUGCUGAAGCAGCCGGUGCCCAAGCAGAUUGAGCGCUACUCGCGCUUCUCGCCAUCACCGCUCUCCAUCAAGCAGUUCCUGGACUUCGGUCCUGUCCUGAUUUUAUAGAUGGCUCCACCCCUCCUUGGAUGCAUGAUGACACUUGCCUGCAUCCACGAAGCUUACGGGUGCUCGGGACAGGAUUCAAACCCUCGUCCAACUCUGGCACCUGAUCUUGGAAUUACUGUUCAACAGGCCUGCAGUCUUUUAUCUGAAUUCUGAAGUCCACAAAGCUUGAAACAUUGAAGUUCUUUUUUUUCAUACCUUCGCUGCCAAAACUCAGUCCGUGGCAAAACCUGGCCUGAACUGAUUUGGGGCCGUAGUCUUUCCCUGCUGGGUGUCAUCAUUCACAGAAUGCACUGCAGCCGUAUUGUGUCUCUGUAAUAGACUGUGUUGCACAGUGGGUGGAGAGAUAAUGCGUGUGAAAAAACUUCGUAUAUGUUCCUACGGAAGGAGCUUCCUGUGCGACUGGCUAACACAAUGAGAGAGGUUAAUCUUCUGCCGGAUAAUUUGCUUAACCGCCCUUCGGUGAGAUUGGUUCAGAGUUGGUACAUGCAGAGUUUUCUUGAACUUCUAGAAUAUGAAAAUAAGAGCCCUGAGGAUCCCCAGGUCUUGGAUAACUUUCUACAAGUUCUGAUUAAAGUCAGAAAUAGACACAAUGAUGUGGUUCCUACAAUGGCACAAGGAGUGAUUGAAUACAAGGAGAAGUUUGGGUUUGAUCCGUUCAUUAGCAGUAACAUCCAGUAUUUUCUGGAUCGGUUUUAUACCAACCGCAUCUCUUUCCGCAUGCUUAUUAACCAGCACACACUUCUGUUUGGUGGUGACACUAACCCUGCGCAUCCUAAACAUAUCGGAAGUAUUGAUCCCACCUGCAAUGUGGCUGAUGUUGUGAAAGAUGCGUAUGAAACCGCCAAGAUGCUGUGUGAACAGUAUUACCUGGUUGCUCCAGAGCUGGAAGUUGAAGAAUUCAAUGCCAAAGCUCCAGACAAACCUAUUCAGGUAGUUUAUGUGCCCUCACAUCUGUUUCACAUGCUAUUUGAGUUAUUCAAGAACUCAAUGAGAGCAACAGUCGAACUGUAUGAAGAUAAAAAAGAGAGCUACCCAUCUGUUAAAACCCUUGUUACUCUGGGUAAAGAAGACUUAUCCAUUAAGAUAAGUGACCUAGGUGGUGGGGUCCCGCUACGAAAAAUAGAUCGUCUCUUUAACUACAUGUAUUCAACUGCUCCAAGACCUAGCCUGGAGCCCACAAGAGCUGCCCCUCUGGCUGGAUUUGGUUAUGGUUUGCCAAUUUCUCGUCUGUAUGCUAGAUAUUUUCAAGGAGAUCUAAAACUCUAUUCCAUGGAAGGAGUGGGCACUGACGCUGUCAUUUAUUUGAAGGCUCUUUCAAGUGAAUCAUUUGAGAGACUUCCAGUUUUUAAUAAGUCAGCAUGGCGCCAUUACAAGACCACACCUGAAGCCGACGAUUGGAGCAAUCCCAGCAGUGAACCCAGGGAUGCCUCCAAAUACAAGGCGAAGCAGGACAAAAUCAAGACUAACAGAACUUUGUAAAGAACUGGAUGCUUCGGUCCUCUCUGUGAAGAAGAGAUCGUCUUCUGCAAGUCAACCAGAAAGAACUUUCGUCCACCAACUCUGAGUGUGACACCAUACUUAAUCCAGUGCUUGAAUGUGUAUUUUCUCCAUAUGAGCUGGACCUUUUCCACAGAUGUUUCCUGUAGCAACUGCAGAUCUUCUACUAAAGUAGUAACCUGAGUCAUUUUUCGUAGUGUGAUGCCCUGCUCUGGUGGGCGCCUGUCGUGGGCAGGCACGGAGCCCGCUAGCGCUCUCGCAUCCUCAGACCUCUCUCCUCAUUACCAGGGAGUUGAGUGUCUGCGGUCUCCCCAGAUUCCUAAGCUCCCGCACCCCAUUCCAGGUACAGCAGGUCUCUGCUGUUGCUCUUUGUGACCAAAUACCAUGUUUGUCCCAAACCACCAACUAAGGCCUGGGAGUCUGCAAGUUGGAGACAGCAGCUGAGCGUGUCUUGAUAAUUGGGUUCCAGGGCCCUUCCUCUCUCUUGCGCAUCCCUCCUUGCUCUCUGAUUUAGACUUUGGCCUUCUUCCAUCCGAUCGGAUUCUCAUUGUGAGGCGCGGGUACUUUUGUGUUAGAUCUUCCUCUUGGAUGCAUUGAUUUCAUUUUGAAAUUCAUUUGUAUACUUCCAUUCUAUUGAUUAAAGCGUUCCAAAAGUUGUCUUGGAAUUUUACACUUAACUGCUUGGUUUCAAAGAUCUUAAGUGAAAAACUACCUUCUGGUCAUUAUCAAGUUUGCGAAGAGGGGGAAGUGGCAUGUUUAUCCUUAUGUAAGAAUUUUUACCACCAAAUACUGUCCCUUUGUCAUAGUGUACUCCUUUGCAGUUUUCUAAGCCCCUGUGUGAUGCACUUUACUAGUUGUCAAAUAGACUGUUGAAGAGAAAAGUUCUUUCUGGUUUAUUUUGAAAAAUACCCUAGGGCUUCAUAAUUUACAUUUUCAUGAAUUUUAGCCAGUCUUAGAAUUGUCAGUCUGAUUUUCACCAUCCUUUACUUUUUGCUGAAAGAUGGAAUUGGCAGAGGACUUGGGGUGAGGAAGGAGGGCCUGUGUUAUAUUUACUCUGAGAAAUGGAAGCUAUUGGAGAGUCCGGAUGGAAAUCCACAACCUGUAGAGCUACACAGGAUGCAUUUGUCUUCUCUGUAUUUUUUCAUAUAUAUCAUCUACUUUGACUUCUGCCCCUUUUUAACAUCCAUAUAAAUGUUUCCAUUCAGUGUUUAAGUAUUGAGCCCACUGAUUGAGAAGCUGUAACUUGUACAGUGGUCCUCUUCCUUCAGUCCUAUGACAGUACCAAUGCACUUGUCCCCGCUGCCAUCACAGUGGGGCUUUUCCCCCAGGUGGAGCUGGGCUCUGACCAGCUGCGCUUGGGUAGGUGACAGCUCUGUUGCUCUUAGUUCCACUGAAUCUGAUAUUGUUCCAUUUUAUGACGUUACCUGAGCUCAUGGUCCUUCCUUCAUCUUUAGAAAGAUCUCAUCUCUUCCAUCCUCAGAAGGCUCUCAUGAGGGAACUCAUAGUUAUUAGUUGGGUAAGAAAAAGACCAACAUGCUUCCAAGAUAUGGGGGAGGAGCUGGUCCCCAUGGAGGCCCGUUUUUUGAGGACUGAGUCAGUGUCUUGGGAGUGGGGCUGAUUCCUCUGAUGAUUUCCUUGUGGUGUAAAGAUGUAAAAAUGACAGCCCUUUGUGUUUAAAGAGCCCGGCUUUCUUAUAAAUGUCAGAUCGCCUAUCAGUAUCUGACUUGGCCUCCAUUUCCAACCAUAGCCCUCUACACUUUCAAGUACGACACACUGGAGGGGGCGGAGGCAGCAGCUUCAGGAGCGCUCCCUCCUGCCUUGUUCUGGCAGCGUUUUAGUGUGCGCCUGCGGAGUGCCCCGUGAUCAUGAUGCGCUCACAGCAGGCUCCCUGUAAAGGUUGAAGCUGGCAAAGCUGAUAGGGAAAAUCCUAGCACGUUCCUCCCUUUCCAGAUCUUUUUCAAAAGUAAAGAUUUCUUUCAAUGUUUUAAUGACUGACUUGGUAGCUCUUUACUGACACACUUUCUAGAUUAUUCAUAUCCAUCUGACCCCAGUACAAUCUUGCCUCUCCUGUCUUUGCUUUCUGCAUUAAGAAUUUAACUUUGCUUCCGAAGAAACCAUAAGAAGAAUUUCAGCAACAGUUAGUGUUCCCAGUUUGGCUGCCCCAGGUAUUCAUUUAUGCUUCUUUUUUGACUGUACGUGACUCUUCUGGACUUAGGUGUAACCGUCGGGCUAUUUGCUGGGUUUUGUCUCUAAGCAGACAGUCACAUUUCUACAUAUCGGUUGAAAUAUCAAUAGCCAUUAACUGUUUUUCAGCUAAAUUUGUUUAGUUCUCCCAAUUCUUCUGUGUUUUCCUCUCAUUUACUUGAUUUUAUUUUAAGUAUUUGGGGAUGGCAUCUACUCUUUGAAGUAGUACCUGGCACACAGUAGGUGCUUAAUAAGUAUUAACUGAAUCAAUGAAUGGAAAUUGACAGAUGUUUACCUUGGGUGGUGGGCAACACCUUUCUAAAUUCUUAAACUAUCUUUCCAAAUUAAAAAUAACUCAGGUCAGGAGCUGUGGAAAUACUGCAUUUCCUUUUUAUCGUGGUAAGAGGUGACUUGCACAUGGAGAGAAAGGAAAGAAAGGCAGUAGUGAUGGUUCCACAGGAGCCAUCUGACCCUUUCUUUGUCUCUGAAUAUCUGAUUUGGACUCCUUAAUAUAGUAGGUUCUUUCCAUCCAAUCAGGUGACGUGAUUUUAUACCCUUGCUUAUAGAUUCCAAAGAACUUUCACACGCAGCAUCCUAUUUGAGCCUUAGGAUGCCAAGAAGUGGACCAUGCAGUUUUCUGUUUUUCAUAUGAGUUCCAAAGCAGUUCAGUCAUUUGCCAAGGUGGCAUGGAGGAACCAAAGUGAGUAAUUGGGUCAUCUUGUUCUUCAGCCCGAGCUCUCAACAGUGAACCAGGUAAUUAGCAUUAUCUCUUUUGAGGAAUUUCUUGGUUAUGUUAACCCUCAAGGGUAAGAUACAAACCAAAUUUUGUCUAUAGUGUCAGAGAAUUCCAUUCAGGAGAGGUUGUCUUCUGUGUGUUUUCAUUUUGGCAUAGUUAGUUAGAGGAGAUAAUCGAAUAGAUUUGGUGGCUUUUACCUAGAAAGACAGGCAGCUUUAUAAAAUGUCUGACUGUAGAUAAUUACUAGAGUUAUUGAGACUUAAUUCUAUGUUUGAAUGAACUCACAGCUCACUGCCAGCUCCCUCAUACAAAGACUCCAUAUUUGAGAGUCGAUGCUUUUAUCUUUUGGUGGACUGGAUUACAGUUUCAGUUGGAUUUUCUCACAUAGUUGCAAAUGUUUUUCUACUGCUGUCCCUUAUGAACAGUAACUUGGCUGGCGAUCAGAUUCUGAGGGUACAUCUUUUUUCCCUCAGUUCUUUGGUGACAUCACUCUAGUAUCUUCUAGCAUCUGUUGGUACUGAGAGGGCUCAGUCCAACCAGAUUUUUCCUCCCUUUUUGUAGGUGACCUUCCUGUUUGCCCUGAGUGCUUGUGAUUUCCUGGUUAUCCUUGAAACGCACUAACUUCAUUCAAGUAUAUCUCAGAGCUGACAGUUACCUGUUGGCUUUUUCAGGUGCACAAGGAGCAUCCAACAUUGACAUCGGCACCUUACCGCAUUUCUUACUGGUUUAUUGGUUCUCUGGUUUAACAGUUUGCCCCUCUAUUGGCUGUCUGUCCUCUGUCCUUCACAUUCAUCUAGCCUUUGACCGCAUUGGUCUCCUGGUCCUCCUUCCCACUGUGUGAUUUGCUCCUCAGAUCUUACCCUUCCAUUGUGCUGACACUGUUUGCUGUAGUGUGCAGUGUGGCUUUCACUUCUGUUACAGUUUUAUUUUUUCUCUUUCUGUCCUUAGCUCCGCCAGCUUUUCCUCUCAUUGCGUUGUCCUCUUUGACUCAUUGCGUUUCCUGGAAGGCUGAACUGUUGCCUACCAUUUUUGUGGUCUCUGAAAUCAUCCUGUUUCCAGGGUGUGUAUAUCUGUCUUUUGCUUCUUUCACCCCUUUCCUUCCGUGUUGUUUUGUUCUUUUAUUGUUGCACAAGCAUCGCGAUGGCUUUUUCGGCUUAUUGUCUGGUCUUUGCAUGGGACCAGUUCUAUCUACCAAGAAGGGUGUGGAUAAAUCCUCCUUGACGCCUCCUCUUUCAAGUGAUAAGUGUUUGAUCACCUGAGCCCUUGAACCAUAAGGCUGGAUAUCAAUAGGUUAUAAUGGCAGAGGCUCUUUUUCAUUCUGUUCUCUCGACCUGGCUGAGGGAGUGAAGCAAAGCCUCCUCCGAGUGCCUUCUGUGGACACUGUUGAUUCCUCUGCCCUGGGGUCCCACUGAGGGAGAGGGACGUCCCUUGAGUUUCCCCACGUCCACUAGAGGUCUCCCUAGCAGGCGUGUGGUGAGUUUGUCCUUCUGCUCUGCUGGAUUCUAUGUAGUCUGUGUGUUUGGCUCUGAGUGACUUUUGCUCUCCUCUGCGCAAAAAGGGAGCACCUGAGAUGCCAGCCUUUCCUCCUAGGUUUUGCUUCUGGAAAUGUGACCACGCAGUGCACCCUCAGCUCAUCCUGACUGCCGCUGGGCUUUGUUUCUCCAAAUUAAGACAUAAUUGGUAGCAUCCUUUGGAACCGUCUCCACCGCAGCUGCCCAGCAACUGUGGUCCACUUGACACCUGCGAAUCCUCUUUUCAUUAGUCCUCCACUUGGUUGUCAGACACUCCCCUGGAGUCCUCGCUAUGGGGUGGUGGCUUUGAUUAGUUUCAUCGUAGGCAGCUUCUUUUUCAGCUUGUGGAUGUGUGUGUUGAAGGGCAGGAGCACUUGUAUAAACAUGCGCUCAUUCUGCCAUCUUGCCCGCGGUCCAGGUGCUUAAACAUUGACUUUGAAGAUAAUGUCCUUCCUAAUCAGCAGCUAUGUGCUCGUAAAUAGAUGAAACCAAUGUCACUUGCAGGAAAGAACCGUUAAUAACUUAAUAUAGGAUUUUUGUUUAUUGUUCUCCUUGGAAAGAUAACUUUUAACUUGAGAUCCUGUUCCAUUGAUUAGAGAAAUCUAGACCUUCUGGUUUGAAAAUGGAAGACGUGACAUUUUAAUGAACUUAAGAAGUUACCAGGCACCGACAAUGAUUUAUUAGUUAAUUAAAUAUGAUGGAAUAUUUCAAGCUAGCACAUAAUCAGAGUUAUCAAGAGAAGUAUAAAUUAUUUUGUGUUAACAGGUUUCUAGUUGAGCUGCCCCCCAUGAGGGUGGUAACCCUGUGAGAGCUGUUCUGGGACACAGGUUUUCUUACUGGUCUUUUUAGUCAACCCAUUUUCAAAUUUGGUUCAUCAAAAAAUAGAAAGGCGUUAAGUCCUCAUCAGGAUUCUGUUUGAUAUUCAUGAAUACACACUGAGAUGGUUUCUGGGUCUGGGACUGACUAUAGAGGCGAACACAUCAUAGUUUCAUUUACAGGGGAUCACAGCUUAGGGGUUUUAUUUGGCCUCAAUAGGAUAGAAGGACAGUAGGAUAGAAGCCUCCUGUCCUCAGUGGCCAGUGUGUCCCACUGGGCACACUUUUCUCAUCUUCAGAGCUGAGUGCCCUGAUCAGGGAAUGCGAGUGACAGCCUCGCUGUGUGCCCCACACUCCACUCUGCGCAGUGCCUUCCCCUCAGGUCAGCCUUUGCCCUGGGGCUGCCCUGUCGUGAGAUGCAGAAUGAAAGAGGCACCACCCGUACAGGACGAAUGAAGGGAAGAGGGUAGACGGAGGAGUCGUGGAAAGGAAAGCCACAUGUGUUCCUCGCUUUCAAUAAUAGCGACUGUCUCCAAUGCGCUAGAAACCGCACGGGGCUGGGCGCGGGGUGUUGAUCACAGCGACGGACCCCCCUGACUCACGGAGCUGGUGGGGGAGUCAGAUGAGACACUCACCAAGGGCAGUUUUUAGUACAGUUGGGAGAAAAAGGCAGGAAGGGGGUAGCAAGGGGGGCGUAGGGGGCGGGGGCAAACCCUGUGAAUGUUGUUUUCACCGUGGACGGGUGUGUUCCUUAGGUGAGGAAGCACUGCUGGGUCCUGAGUUCUUCUGUCCUUUGUCUGUGUUCCUCUGCAUCUGGAGAGCCCGUUCCCGGCGGGGCUCCGCGGGGCUCUGCACCGGCCCUGCCGCGGGCCGCGCUGCGGCGCUGGGUCCGUGAGCGGACUGAGCUUGUUGCGCUUCGUUGUCUCAGCGACCCGCGGGGAGCCGUGGUCGGAUGAGAGGAGCCAGCUUUUCCCGUCAAAUUGCACUGAAUGAUGUGGGCUGCUGUUUCCUCAUAACAAAGAUGCAAUUACAGCAGGUUCCGGGUGUGUCUUUUUAGAACUUCAGAAAUCAGUAUUUAAACCAAUUCUUCCCACUUCCAGCAUCUGACUGAUGGUGCUGGAGUGAAAAUAGCUGCUUGUCAGGAGGAAAGACCCUCUUUAGCGCUUGCAGACUGGUUGGGGAGGUGGAGGAAAGGAUUCUCCGAGAAAACUUUGCCGCUCAUGUCUGUAGGUUGGCGUUAGCUGUGUUCACGGUCCCUUCUCACCAAGGUGAACAAAAUCGAAUGACAGCAAUAUUGUGGUCACAGAAUCCUUGAGAAACCUUUGUUUCUGCCUUUCCCUCUGUCUCUAAAACCUGGACUUGAAUUGCCCAUGAUCCCGGUGAUGGGGUCAGUGCAGCUGGGACAAGGAGAGCUACUCAUACUGUGGCAUGGGUGGUUCUUGGUGGCAGUCUCGCUCCCUCGGAGGGAGCAGCAAAGCCGGGGAGGACACUUUGGUUCUCUGACACAUGCCUGUCUACCCCAGGGAGGCUAGACUGCCAGAGCAAGAGAUGGGAUGCUUUGAAUGAUUCCCAUGGGUAGAGCCAAUUUGUCAUUCUUUAAAUUGACUUAUUUCCAUAUAAAUGAAAGCACCUUAGGGCAUCACUACUGAAAGCCUCUGAACAAAUGUCUGAUACUGUUAAGUGCCUGCAUUAAAAGAAAGCCCACCCCUUAUGUCUCAUUAAUAUCCUCGCAGUGUUUAAUAAAUCAAUAAUAGUUUUUGC